AUGGGUCUUAGGGUUAAGAAUGCAGCAAAGCAACUGCAAAGGUGCUUCCACCACCUCAAGCGCAUGAAGAAGAUCGCAGACGAAUCAAACCCUACUCGAGGAUACUUCCCUGUGGUGACCAUGGGCAACGCCGAGGCAAAAAGGUUUUUGGUUGAUUUGAGCUACCUUGCUUAUCCUCCCUUCCUCAAGCUGUUGGAAGAGGCUGAACAUGAGUUUGGAUUUGAUCAACCUCGUGUCUUGACUGUGCCAUGUGAUGCAAAUGAGCUCCAUACAAUCCUCUUGAGAAAAAGAGUUAUGAGUGACAUGACAAGCUCCAUACAAUCCUCUUGA